GCCACCAACAAACACACACAAACAGAGACACCUGUACACACAGACAGGCAUGUACAUACACACACACACAGAAACGUACACACACGCACAGAGACACAUGUACACACACACACACAUACAGACACAUGUAUACACACACAGGCACAUACAGACACACAGAGACAUGUACAUACACACAGACACAUGUACAUAUAUACACAGACACAUGUACACACAGACACAUAUACGUACAUACACACAAACACACACACACACACACGUACAUGUACACACACACAGACACAUGAACACACACACAUACAUGUACAUACACGCAGACACAUGUGCAUGCAUACACAGACACACACAAACACACACACCCCCCCCCCCCCCCCCCAUAUAAAAAGUUGCAGUACUUCGUUGUUCACUCAGAUCCGGGUACUGCACUCUAGGGGGAGGCAGAGAGCACAGCACACACUCCUUGCUUUGCUUUCACUGCGCUCAGCUAUUGAGCAGUCUGACGGCUCCCAGUGCCAAUGACAGAUCUGGCCUGAGCUCCGAGCCUGCUCAGAAAGACAGCCCUGGGCGACACACUCGCCCCCCACCAUAAUUUCCACUCGCCAUUGGCAAGCAGGGGAGUGGAAAUUUCAAGC